GUUUACAUUUAGCUUUAUCAUUACCAAUAGUAAAUACUUAAUACUAAAAUUAUUUGUAGAUUUGUUUCAUACAAGUUACAACAGUUAAGAAUUCAAACCCGAAAAUGUUAAAUAAAGUUUUAUUAUCGACCGACGUAGCUUUGGUGUGUGUGCAACAUGCUCUUUCAACUGAGAAAGAGGAAAUUAUGGGACUGUUAAUUGGGGAGGUACAUAAUAAUGGGACCUUAGUCUCUAUUGUAUCAUCAGUUAUAUUACGAAGGUUAGACAAAAAACCAGACAGAGUUGAAAUAUCAGAAGAACAACUUGUACAAGCAACACUUAGAGCCGAAGAACUAGCAGCUGAAGUUGGGAGACCAUUAAGAGUUGUAGGGUGGUACCAUUCUCAUCCUCAUAUUACCGUUUGGCCGUCUCAUGUUGAUUUAGCUACUCAAUUCAUGUAUCAAAGAAUGGAUUCAAGCUUUGUUGGCAUCAUUUUUGCAGUCUUUCUCUCAGACCAAACUGCAAAAGCCCCUUCGGUUCAAAUUACUUGCUUUCAAUCUGUAAGUGAAGGAUCAAGCCAGGGACGGCGUGAGAUAGAAUUGGAAAUUACAAAUUGUAAUGAUUCCUUAACAAAGAAUAAUUUUGAAAUACUUACUCAGUUACCCACAACUCUAAAAGAAGAAGAAGAUGAAGCUUUUAAAUUGGAAGCUGGAGAAAUAGAAACAGAUGAUAUAAUUAUUAAACAGCACAACACAGCUGUGAGAACUAUAGCCAUUGGGCACAUAGUAGAAAAGGUAUCAAGACCAAUGCUUGAAGCCCUUGUAACAAGGAAUGCCUUGAAUAGUCUGCGUCUGAAAGCUUUAAAGAAGCAUCAUCAAGAUUUAAUGUCCAGAUUAGAUAAUAUGCCUUGUAAUAUAUAAAAAAUAUAUUUGAUAAGUAAAA